AUGGCCUGGCUGAUCUACACCUCUCUGGAGCUGGUCAUCGCCAUGGCAUGCUGCCUGGGGAACGUGCUGGUGGUUUGGGCCGUAUGUUUGAGGCGGACCUUCCGUCAGCCUACCUUCUGUUUCGUGGCAUCUCUGGCUGUGGCUGAUUUCCUGGUGGGGGCGGUGGCAGUGCCCCUGGCUGUGCUGGUGGACGGGUGGGUUGAAAUCCCGUUCCAGGCCUGUCUGGCGGUCAGCUGUGUGGUGCUGGUGCUGACCCAAGCGUCUGUGCUGUCCCUCCUGGCUAUUGCUGUGGACCGAUACCUGCGGGUCUCAAUACCACUCAGGUAUAAGGAGAUCGCCACUGAGCAGCGUUCCUGGAUUGCAGUGGUCCUGUGUUGGUUGAUAUCUUGUCUGCUGGGUUUCACUCCUCUCUUUGGUUGGCAUAACGGCGAUUCCCAGUCCUCCCUGCUCCUUAACUCUUCCCAUAUCAACUGCACCUUCUUAGCUGUCAUCUCACUGCCCUAUAUGGUCUACUUCAACUACCUGGGCUGCAUCCUACUCCCAUUAGCAACCAUGACUCUUCUUUACGCUCUGGUCUUCUACAGUCUGCGCAAACGCCUCCGGAGGGAAGACCAGACUUCAGCACCUGCUGAAUCGAAACUAAGGACUUUUCUAAUCAAGGAGAAGAGGCUGGCAUGUUCUCUGGCUCUGGUUCUCCUGCUGUUUGCAGCAUGUUGGAUGCCUCUGCAUAUCAUGAAUUGUGUAUUGCUUUCAAUGGGUCCUCAAGGCGUCCCCCAGAUUGCUUUCUAUGCAGGAAUACUCCUCUCUCACGCCAACUCAGCGGUGAACCCUGUGGUCUACGCCCUCCGUAUCGCAAGGAUCAGGGAGGCUUACCUGGAGAUCUGGAGACGGUAUGUACUGUGCUGGAGAGGACAAGGAGACUUCUCAAGCUCCUCAUGGAGAUCCCAGCCUGGAGAACCGAAUACUGGCCAUCAAACUACAUUUCCCUCCAACACUGGCACAUGACUCAGGCAAAUAAACUACAAUCAUAAUUUCACUGUAUGAUACAAUUCUGAGUAGAUCUUUGAGUGACAGUAUAUUGGAGAUAUCCUACAAUAUCCAACAAUGUCACUGAAAAGCUUCAGUCUUCAGGAGCUGUAAAGCUGCAUGACCACUAGAGGGCGCCACAAGCUUUUACAAUCACAUUGUAAACUGCUAACGGAGAAAGAGCAGACAUGCUACCUAAGUGAAGACCUGUUAACUCUGUAAUGUGAAAUCAUAGUAUGAAUACAUCAGGCUUUUAUGGUUCAUGCAGUAUGAUAUAGUGCAGGCAUCCUCAAAUCUGGCCCACUCCUGCAGAGUUUAGCUCUAACUCUAAUCAAACACACCUGAGCAGCAUGCUAAUCAGAGUCUUCAAGAUCAUUAGAAAAUGACAGGUAGGUGAGUUUGAUCAGGGUUGGAGCUAAACUCUGCAGCAGAUUGG